GUAGACCUUAAAACAAGUUUAUUUCUCUUCCCAGCGAACAGGAAAAACAAGUUCAGUACACUAAAAGAAAUUGUCUAGUUGUUUGAAAGGCCCAUUUCUCUGGUUUUCCUUAUUCCCUCUCGAAAGCUCGCAAAGCAAACCCUGCCUGAGUAUUCCUUCCGCUUGAUCAAAAGCAUGAAUUAACCUCUCUUUUAUAGUUCUCUGUUCUUGCUUUGGUUCUUUAACUUUUUCAAGUUAAGAUAGGAACUGGGUCGGUGACUGUUGUGGGGAAAAGAGCGCUUGGGUGGAGUCAACUAAAGAAUGGCUAUUUCGGCCACUGCCCAACUGAACGUUAAUGGGUCGCCCUCAUGGGGAUCCAGAAGCGUCGAUUGUUUCGAAAAAUUGGAGCAGAUUGGGGAGGGCACUUAUGGUUGCCAUUUUCAAUUACUUCAGCACAAACUUGAUUGGCUUGUUUCUUGCAGUCAAGUUUAUAUGGCCAGGGAGAUAAAGACUGGUGAAAUAGUUGCUUUGAAGAAAAUCAGAAUGGACAAUGAGAGAGAGGGGUUUCCCAUAACAGCAAUCCGUGAAAUCAAAAUUCUAAAGAAGCUACAUCAUGAAAAUGUAAUUAAGUUGAAAGAGAUUGUGACAUCUCCUGGAUCUGAGAAGGAUGAGCAGGAGAGGCCAGAUGGUAACAAGUACAAAGGUGGAAUAUACAUGGUCUUUGAAUAUAUGGACCAUGAUUUGACAGGCCUUGCUGAUCGGCCUGGGAUGAGAUUUUCAGUUCCUCAAAUUAAGUGCUAUAUGAGGCAGCUUUUAACUGGGCUUCAUUAUUGUCAUGUGAACCAAGUACUUCAUCGUGAUAUCAAAGGCUCUAAUCUUCUUAUAGACAACGAGGGCAAUCUAAAACUUGCAGAUUUUGGGCUUGCACGAUCAUUUUCAAAUGAGCACAAUGCAAAUCUUACAAAUCGUGUUAUCACUUUGUGGUACAGACCCCCAGAGUUGCUGCUUGGGACAACAAAAUAUGGUCCAGCUGUUGAUAUGUGGUCAGUUGGCUGUAUUUUUGCUGAACUUCUGCAUGGCAAACCAAUCUUUCCCGGAAAAGAUGAGCCAGAACAAUUAAAUAAGAUUUUCGAGUUGUGUGGAGCACCAGAUGAGGUUAACUGGCCAGGUGUUUCCAAGAUUCCCUGGUAUAACAAUUUUAAACCAAAUAGACCUAUGAAGAGACGUCUUAAAGAGGUGUUCAGACAUUUUGAUCGUCAUGCUUUGGAGUUGUUGGAGAAAAUGUUAACUCUUGAUCCAGCUCAGAGAAUAUCUGCCAAGGAUGCACUUGAUGCCGAGUAUUUCUGGACAGACCCGUUGCCCUGUGAACCCAAGAGUUUACCCAAAUAUGAGUCAUCACAUGAAUUUCAAACAAAGAAAAAGCGCCAACAACAAAGGCAGCAUGAAGAAAAUGCAAAACGUCAGAAGCUUCAAUACCCACAGCCGCAUGGCCGCCUUCCACCUAUUCAGCAAUCUGCGCAGGUGCAUUUGCAAAUGAGGUCAGGGCCUAAUCAACCGGUGCAUAAUUCUCAGCCCCCAGUUGCCGCAGGGCCUAACCACUAUUAUGCGAAACCUCGAGGGCCUGCUGGCGGCCCAGGCAGAUAUCCUGCAAGUGGAACGAGUGGAGGAUACAACCAUCCAAAUCGGGGAGGUCAAGGUGGAGGUUUUGGGAGCGGGCCAUAUCCUCCUCCACAAGGGCGGGCGCAGCAUUACAGUUCAAGUGGCAUGCCUGGUGCUCCCCGUGGUGGAGGGAGCAGUGGGUAUGGAGUUGGUGCUCCAAACUACCCUCAAGGUGUUCCAUAUGGCAGUAAUGGUGCUGGUCGUGGCUCAAACAUGAUGGCUGGAAACCGCAACCAGCAGUAUGGUUGGCAACAAUAGUGUGAUUUGAUGACAAAAAAUGUACUUUAAGAAGGGGUUUAAAUGACCUUGGUUUGCCUCCACAAGCUGCACUGAGAUAUGUAGACUGGAUAAAUUUUCUGAUAUAAAGCUUCCUUAAUCGUGA